AACCCAGCAGGAGCAGAACCACAGCCAGGAGCACCUGCCUUACCCCGCACUCGCCCCCGUCGUUUUCUUCCACCUGAAACAGACGACCCGCCCCAGGAGUUGGUGCCUUAAGCUGGUCUGUAACCCGUGGUUCGAACGGAUGAGCAUGUUGGUCAUCUUGCUGAAUUGCGUCACCCUUGGAAUGUUCCAGCCCUGUGAGGACAACACCUGUGUCUCAGAACGCUGCAAAAUUCUACAGGGUUUUGAUGAUUUCAUCUUUGCAUUCUUCGCUGUGGAGAUGAUUGCCAAGAUGAUUGCGUUGGGCAUCUUUGGCCCAAAAUGUUACCUCGGUGACACAUGGAACCGUCUCGAUUUUUUCAUUGUUAUUGCCGGCAUGUUAGAGUAUUCACUGGACCUACAGAAUGUCAGUCUAUCAGCUGUCCGUACUGUGAGGGUACUGAGACCACUUCGAGCCAUUAACAGAGUCCCUAGUAUGCGGAUACUGGUGACACUGCUGCUGGACACUUUGCCUAUGUUAGGCAAUGUACUUCUCCUCUGUUUUUUCGUCUUCUUUAUUUUUGGCAUUGUUGGGGUCCAGCUGUGGGCAGGACUGCUGCGAAACAGGUGCUUUCUCGAAGAAAACUUUACAAUACCUGCCUCUCAAGAGUUGGAUCGAUAUUAUCACACAGAAAAUGAUGACGAGAACCCAUUCAUAUGCUCCCUCCUGAAGGAUAAUGGAAUGCGCUACUGCCGCAGUGUGCCCCAAAGACGAGUGAACAACAUAGAAUGUACCCUAGACGAUACAAGUUACUACCUGUUACUGAGUAACACCACAGACAAUAUCAGCUGUAUAAACUGGAAUCAGUACUACACCCAGUGCCAGCCUGCCGAUCACAAUCCAUUCAAAGGAGCCAUCAAUUUCGACAACAUUGGAUAUGCGUGGAUAGCAAUAUUUCAGGUUAUAACCCUGGAAGGAUGGGUUGAUAUCAUGUAUUUUGUCAUGGACGCUCACUCCUUUUAUAAUUUCAUCUACUUCAUCCUUCUGAUCAUAGUUGGAUCAUUUUUUAUGAUCAAUUUAUGUCUAGUCGUCAUAGCAACUCAGUUUUCUGAAACCAAACAGCGUGAAAGCCAACUGAUGAAGGAGCAGCGAGUUCGUUUUAUGUCCAAUGCAAGCACGCUGGCCAGUUUCUCCGAACCAGGGAGUUGCUAUGAUGAACUUUUGAAGUACAUUAGCCACAUGCUGCGGAAGGCCAGGCGGGAGGUUGUGCGUGUUUGCUACCUGGUCGUGAACAGGAGGGGCCCUCAACCCGCCAGCAGAAGCGGGCCAAGUGCGCAAUCCCGCAAGAGGCGGAAACACAAGCGGGCAGCCUCUGUCCACCACCUGAUUCACCACCACCACCACCACCACCAUUACCACGUCAGCAACGGAAGCCUGCGGGCACCGCGAGCCAGCCCAGAGAUCAGCAACGUGGAGACCAACUCCGCGCACAAUGGAGGCAACAGGCUAAUCAUGCUGCCCUCGCCCCUGCCCAACCUGCAUCCUCCCCCUGCCCCCACUGCACCCGGCAACACCGAGUCUGUCCACAGCAUCUACCAUGCCAACUGUCACAUCGAACCGAUCCAGUGUAAGUCUUCCCUUAGGCAAGAGGCGGGCCUGCUCCCACCCGAUGGACUCCAGAAGAACACAGAUGCCAAGAGUUACCCGACCUUGCACCCCGGCUCCCCACAUGAGGUGAUCAGCCUGAACACCACAGGGGAGAAGACGCUCAAAGACGCAACCAUGAAUCCUGACAACACGAUGGCAAACCUCAACAUCCCUGCGGGACCGUAUCGCAAAAUGCAUCGACUCCUGGAAACACAAAGUGCCGGCCAUUGUAAAAGCUCAUGCAAGCUGUCUGGCCACUGCUUGCCCUACGGCUCUCCCAGUGGAACGGCUGACAUUCCGAAUUGUGACCCCCAAAGCUGCCCCAUCUGCAUCAGGAGCACUGAGUCCGAGGUGAGGGAUAACGAGACGUUGGACUCGGACAGUGAGGGAGUAUACGAGUUCACCCAGGACGCCCACUACAAUGACCAGAGAGACCCUCAGCGCAGUCAACCAAGAAUAAUGACAGUAAACAAAUGCUGGGCAUUUUGGAAGCCGGUCUGUGACACUUGCCGCAAGAUUGUUGACAGCAAGUAUUUUGGUCGUGGAAUUAUGAUUGCUAUUCUCAUCAAUACGCUUAGCAUGGGGAUUGAAUACCACGAACAGCCAGAAGAGUUGACAAAUGCCCUAGAGAUCAGCAAUAUUGUCUUCACCAGCCUGUUUGCAUUGGAAAUGCUUUUGAAGAUCCUGGUAUAUGGGCCAUUUGGCUACAUCAAGAACCCUUACAACAUUUUCGAUGGCAUCAUUGUAGUCAUCAGUGUGUGGGAAAUUGUAGGUCAGCAGGGUGGGGGCCUCUCGGUGCUACGUACCUUCCGCCUGAUGCGAGUGCUGAAGUUGGUACGGUUUAUGCCAGCCCUGCAACGCCAACUGGUGGUCCUGAUGAAGACAAUGGACAAUGUUGCUACCUUCUGCAUGCUGCUGAUGCUUUUCAUCUUCAUCUUCAGUAUUCUGGGAAUGCAUCUUUUUGGCUGCAAAUUUGCAUCAGAAAAAGAAGGAGACACUCUCCCUGACAGAAAGAAUUUCGACUCACUUCUCUGGGCUAUUGUAACUGUCUUCCAGAUAUUGACUCAAGAGGAUUGGAACAAGGUCCUGUACAAUGGAAUGGCCUCUACCUCUCCAUUGGCUGCUUUAUACUUCAUUGCCCUCAUGACAUUUGGCAACUAUGUUCUCUUUAACUUGCUGGUUGCCAUUUUGGUGGAAGGAUUUCAGACUGAGGAGGUCCAGAAGAGGGAGGACGCGAGUGGGCAGUUAAGCUGUAUUCAGCUGCCUGUCGACUCGUCUGGGGGAGACAUAUCAAAGUCAGACUCAGAGGCUGACUUUUUUUGUCAGAGCCUUGAAGAUGACAGUGGAAGCAAAAAGGAUCUUCCAAACACCACAUUGAUGGCAGUGAAUGGACAUGUGGACGUCAAAACCAGUCUGACGCCACCACUCAUCAUCCACACCAAUGCCACACCAAUGCCAACGCCAAAGGGGAUGCUUUGUGGGGAUUCUGUGCAUUUGUACAAUGAAUCCCGCAGAGGAAGCAACGUAUCAAUUGAUCCCAACUAUUACGAGCAAAGGUCACCGACCAGUGCACGUAGCUCCCCCUAUGCCCCCUGGAGCACAGCCAGUAGCUGGAACAGCCGACGUUCAAGCUGGAACAGCCUUGGCCGAGCUCAAAGCCUGAAGCGCAAGCAUCAGUCAGGCGAGCGGAAGUCCCUCCUCUCAGGCGAUGGCAAAGAGAGCUCCGACGAAGGUGAUGGAUCAGAGGAUGAGAGAGCCAGUCGUGCAGGUAGCGGGAAGGGCUCAGGCCCUCAGCGCCUGGAAUCUCUGGAGAUAAAGGGCUCUAUCGACAUUCCCGACACCCUCCAGGUACCUAGUCUUCACAGGUCUCCCAGCAUCCACAGCAGCCGGCUCCCACCAAUGGAUCGCCAGGACUGUAAUGGUAAAACCUCCCCAGCUGCCGUGCUGCACCAGGUCAACCAGGAUGAGCAGAGAGCUGAGCUUGAACAUACUGAGGAUGAAAUUGAUAUGAGUAAAAGAGCACGGUUGCGGGCGUGGAUUCAAGCCAGGCUGCCACCUUGUUUCAAGGAGCGUGAGGGUUGGUCUCUCUACCUCUUCCCACCACAGUCCAAGAUCCGCCUCAUUUGCAGCAAAAUUAUUUCACACAAGAUGUUCGACCACAUUGUUCUGGUCAUUAUUUUCCUGAACUGCAUUACUAUUGCCAUGGAGAGACCGAAGAUUGAUCCUAAGAGUGCAGAGCGAAUAUUCUUGACAUUUUCGAACUAUAUCUUCACAGUGAUCUUCUUGACUGAGAUGGCAGUAAAGCUGGUGGCAAUGGGCCUUUGUUUUGGUCAGCGGACGUAUCUCAAGAGCUCCUGGAAUAUUCUGGAUGGACUACUGGUGAUGAUCUCAGUCAUCGAUAUCCUGGUCUCCAUGGUUUCCAACAGCGGGACGAAAAUUCUUGGAAUGCUGCGGGUGCUCCGCCUCCUGCGCACCCUCCGCCCCCUCCGGGUAAUCAGCCGAGCACCAGGCCUCAAACUCGUGGUUGAAACACUGAUGUCAUCCCUGAAGCCUAUCGGGAAUAUUGUGGUCAUCUGCUGCGCCUUCUUUAUCAUCUUUGGCAUCUUAGGAGUGCAGCUCUUCAAAGGCAAAUUUUACAUCUGUCUUGGAGAAGACACAAGAAAUAUCACCAACAAAUCAGAUUGCUUCCAAGCCAACUACAAGUGGAUCCGUCACAAGUACAACUUUGACAACCUGGGGCAGGCCCUGAUGUCCUUGUUUGUUCUUGCAUCGAAGGAUGGGUGGGUUGACAUUAUGUAUGAUGGAUUGGAUGCAGUGGGUGUGGAUCAACAGCCAAUCAUGAAUUACAACCCAUGGAUGCUCCUUUACUUCAUCUCCUUCCUGCUGAUCGUGGCCUUCUUUGUGCUCAACAUGUUUGUUGGUGUGGUGGUGGAGAACUUCCACAAGUGCCGAAAGCACCAGGAGGUGGAGGAGGCCAAGCGGCGUGAGGAAAAGCGUCUCAGACGUAUGGAAAAAAAGAGACGGAAAGCUCAGUGUAAACCUUAUUACUCUGACUAUUCGCCUGCUCGGCUUUUCAUCCACAAAAUGUGCACAAGUCAUUACUUGGAUUUGUUCAUCACUAUAGUGAUUGGGCUGAAUGUAAUCACCAUGGCAAUGGAACAUUAUCAGCAGCCAAAGGUUCUUGACGAGGCUCUAAAGAUUUGUAACUACAUCUUCACAAUUAUCUUUGUCCUGGAGUCUGUAUUCAAACUAGUCGCCUUUGGUUUUCGCCGAUUCUUCAAGGAUAGAUGGAACCAGCUGGAUCUAGCUAUUGUACUGCUGUCCAUUAUGGGGAUCACCCUUGAGGAGAUUGAAGUGAAUGCUUCCUUGCCAAUCAACCCCACAAUCAUUAGAAUCAUGAGAGUCCUCCGGAUUGCUAGAGUCCUGAAGCUCUUGAAGAUGGCGGUGGGGAUGAGAGCCUUACUGAACACUGUAAUCCAGGCUCUACCACAGGUCGGGAAUCUCGGACUGUUGUUCAUGCUGCUGUUUUUCAUAUUUGCAGCUCUUGGAGUUGAACUUUUUGGGGACCUAGAAUGUGAUGACUAUCAUCCCUGCGAGGGAUUGGGGCGACAUGCCACAUUCAGAAACUUUGGGAUGGCUUUCCUCACCUUGUUCCGAGUAUCAACUGGAGACAACUGGAAUGGAAUAAUGAAGGACACUUUGCGAGACUGCAACCAAGAGGGCACCUGUUAUAACACUGUGGUGUCCCCAAUCUACUUUGUCUCCUUUGUACUGACAGCUCAGUUUGUGUUGGUGAAUGUAGUCAUCGCGGUGCUGAUGAAACACCUGGAAGAGAGCAACAAGGAGGCGAAAGAGGAAGCCGAACUCGAGGCAGAGCUGGAACUUGAAUUAAAAAUGUUAAAUACCAAUCAAGGGAAUGUGGACGCUGUGACCUGGGGAGGCAGUGAUGGUGGAGAUGCAGGUGACAGCCCAGGGAGUCCAUCUGAAUCACUCCAAAUUAAAGUGGAUUCACCAUUUUCUUUAGAACCACCACUGGACAAGCAAUUUUUUGACAACGUCUCCCUGCUGAUCCAAGGUUCACUGGAAGGAGAAUUAACCCUCAUGGAUAACCUCUCAGGUUCUGUCUGCCACAACUACGCCAUCCCACAGCAAAACAAAUGCUGUGCUGAGAAACAGGCUGAGGACACUCAGGAACCUGAGGCUAAGGAGGAGAUCCCAGAGAAGAACCUUCUCACUGUGAGGAAGCCUUUUGUUGGUCGGACACACUCGCUGCCCAAUGAUAGCUACAUGUUUCAGCCUGUCGACCCUGCUCCCUUGCAGGGUCUACAGAGGUCAGAGAGCAAUCAUAAGUUACAGUCAGGUUCAACCACAUCAGUUCAAUCUCAGCCCUCAGGUACCACUGGCCACCUCCAGGUUCCUAUCGGGUUGUUCCUCCCAGUCAGCCGUCAGAACAGUUUUGAUUCUGAGAAUAUCCCCAAGAUUCCUCCCCCGAGGAGAUCUGUGAGUGCUCACAGAAUGCUGCGUAGGCAGGUUGCUGUAACAAAUGACUCUCUGGAUCCACUCUAUAUGGAGUCCAAGGAAAAUUUGCAGAUACAGCCUAAUGAAUCGUCAACCUUGAAUGUGUCUGUGCCCCAUGUCUCUGUUGUGCAACCGUCAGUGGUGUUAGUGCCUGCCUCACCUAGCGCACCAACCAAGCACAGUGUUCACAUCCAACAGCACAGCCGUAACCAAUGCAACAUUACUAACUAUGUGACAUCUUCACCACGUCAUGCUCGGAACCCCUUCAGGGAACUCCCUGUCUCAGCAGACCAGGAAGUCUCUCAAAUCAACAGUGGCAGCAAGAGAGCUUCAAAACCUCCAAUGUGCCCUACACUCCCCACGAAAAUGUGCAGCAGCACAGGAAACCUCACAAUGAAAGACGUCAUAAAAUUCUACAGCGUGGACACUCAAGGAUUCUUGGCCAAGCCCACGUCGUGGUUAGAUGACCCUCGGAGACAUUCAAUUGAGAUCUGCUCAUCCGUUGAUGCUGUUCCGCAGCACCAUUUCUCUUCGUCGUCCUGUUGGGCCAUUAGCCAGGCAGCGACAGAACUGGACAGCCAGCAAGCAGCACGGCAGAAGCAGAAAAUGAGCCCCCCCUGCAUUUCUAUAGACCCGCCAGAGGACCAGCACAUGGCAAUGCAAGGCACUCAUGGGCAAACGUCCUCCAGUGACAUGUGUUUGAGAAGGCGGGCUCCAUCCUGUGACUCAGCCCCUCACAAGGAGUCCGUGGACCUUGUGGACCCACUGCUUCAUGAAAGCACGCCCACCUCUCCUUCUCCGGCAAAGGAUUUGCUGACUCUUUCCAGUUUUUCCUUGGAUCAGCCCGAGGAGGACCACUGAACUAAAUCGUCAAAUAAUUUUUGUUGCCAAAAAGACAAUUUUUUCAUCCUUUCCUAACAUUAAUGAAGAAUUCUGCAUUCUGACUGGCACUGGAGGUCAAAACCCCAUCAAUCCCCCUUCCCCCAACCAAACAGUAACCAGGGUUACUGGAGCCCCCACAAUGCUGCUCUGCCUUGCACUCAAGCAGAUGACUGACUGACCAUUCAUCCAGGUAGUCCUGAACAGUGGAGCGUCACUUUUUUAAAUGUGAAAGGUUUUUCCCUUUUGAAAUUGGGAAGUAAUCUGCCGAGUGGUAAUCCCAGAACAUUCCAGGAUUUGCUUUGUAACUCAGUUUGAGGCAACAAGCGAUGGGCAAUAAAUGCCAGCCUUGCCAGUGACAUCCACAUCCCCAGAAUUAUUAUUUUUUUAAACAUUAUCAAUUGAUACCCAUUUUAUCAGAAUCCAAUUGAGUUGGCCUGGACAUUUUCCUUACUCUCCAAAAGGCACAAAGCAAAGAUCCAGUCAUUAAUAUAUUUAGAAAAAAAAAGUAAUAUUUAUAAAUA